AAUUAAUGUUAUUCGUUCGUAAUUUCUUCAGUGCCAAAUAUCCCAAUCGACAAUGAAGUUUUUUAUUUUAGCAGUUUUCGUGCUGAUAGCUGCCCACAGUACGCAAUGUGAUGAACAAAAACCAAAAGAAAAAGAAUUAUCUAAAGGAAAAAAUGAUAAACGCAGUAUUUAUGGUGAACUGGAUUUAGGCUAUCCCAUACAUGAAAGCAUUGACAAUCAAUUAGAAAUUUCGCAUGAUCAUCAUUUAAAUUUCGAACCAAUUCAAGACAGUAUUCUUAUUGAACCUGCGGGAAUACAAUUUGAUCAAAUCGGAAGUGCUCCUGUUUCAGACGAAGAUAGUGUGGUUGUUGAGUCUGCCGAUGCAAGAGCUUCUUCAAACGGUCAAUUUUUAAUUCCAGCAAGAAAUUUAAAUUUAAAUCAAGGUCUUCUAGUUCAACUUCCUCCAACAUUAAAUACAUUGAAUAGUGGAAUACCUCGAACACAAGUUCAAAUACAGCGAUCUAUUGAAAUAGCAGUUCCACAACCAUCUUUAGAAGGUUGGUCUAGUCAAGAAAUUCCAAUAGUAUUAAGGAAUUUGCCACCAAGCUUACAGAGAGCAAACAGUUGGUAAUUAAAUAAUAAGUACAUUUUAAAAUAAUCAAAAUA